AUGGUCACGGCCUUCAUCGUCGGCGUGGCAGUGCUAUUUGGCUUCAACUUCUCUUUCCACAUUGCGGCAGCAUGGGUUACGCUAUUGCCGGGCGCAGACACAGAUCCGGGUGCCUACCAGGUGACACCCGUCACCGUUGCAGUAGGAGCCAUGUUGGUAAUCACCUCUGCCAUCCAUCUCGAGAGUUGGCCGCUCAAUUGUCAUGCGCUCUUCUCAUACAACUACGAGCAGUUGCAGCGCUUGUUGGACAUAUCAGUUGGCAGUUGCAGUUUUGUCCUCUCUUGGAAGGAUGAGCAUGCUGGAGAGGCGAUUGCUGAUCCCCUGCUGAAGUAUGAUCGGUGUCUGAUUGGAGUAGCUGCCAGCGCAGAUCCUCUUCCCAGCAUCUAUCAUCAUGAGUUGGUGCGUCUCGUGGGUGGAAGGAGCUUUGGCUUUGAAAAGGAUCCAAGCGAGGAUGAGUGUCUUGAGCGAUUGCAGCAUUGGGUGUGCGAGCGCGACAGCUUCCUCCAUGGAGAAAGUCUUAGACCAUUUGACAUGGUAGAGCUUCUUCCACUACUGCUGAAGAAUUGA